AUGGCCGACUUUCCGGUCACCAACGGUGUGCAGACCUUGGUGCCACCACCAGAGGGCUAUGUGGUGGACUUCGAGAAUCCUCAGCAGCAAAAGGUGCUGGAGCACUACUUGAUCUUUGGGAUCCUAGGGCCACUGGCAUUCAUAGCCCUGCUACAACGCUACUACACCAAGGUUUUCCUGUCCAAAGGACUGCAGGUGGACGAUGCUUUUAUGUGCUUAGCAUGGAUGUCUUCUGUCGUGACGCAGGCUCUCCUCAUUGCGAAUACAGAGGCCAUCAGGAUCAAGACUCUCUGCUCUCAUGCUUGGGAGAUUCCAUUAGAAGACUUUAAGACAUAUGCUCUCAUCGCCUACGUCGCUGCGGCCGUCUUCAUGCUGUGCAACGGCUUCACCAAACUGUCGCUGCUUACGUUCUAUCUACACCUCACGCCCCAGGGCCGGUUCCGCAUCGCGACGUGGUUCAUGAUUGUGAUUGUUGGCCUGUACACAGUCAUCAUCACAGCCAUGCUUCUCUUCCACUGCGACCCUGUGCGCAAAGCCUUCGACAUCACCGUGGUCGGCGGCUCCUGCAUUGAUGUCGGCAUUCUGUACAUUGCUACUGCUGUGUCCAAUAUUGUGACCGACGUCAUUCUCUUCGUCAUGCCGAUUCCCAUGGUUCUGAAAUUGCAUAUGGGGCGUGGACAGAAGAUCGGUGCUCUGAUUGUAUUCGGCAUCGGCUCAGUAACCGUCACAACGUCCUGCAUCCGCCUGGUCUAUCUUCUCCCAGUGUUGAAGACGACGGAUCUCACAUGGGAAGCCGCCCCAGCCAACAUUUGGUCCUUCUUGGAGGCCAACUUGUUCAUUAUCUGCGGUUCCAUGCCAACCCUGCGAAAGUUCUUCCGACACUUUGCGCCGAGGUUGAUGGGCGGCGACUCGACAUCCGAUCCAUCCUACGCUCGCAAGUACGCUGGGCAGCCAAGAUCUGCAGACGGCCUCAGCCGAUCCCGGAAGCAACGAAACCAGUACGAGGUGUUUGACGAUAACGAGAUGCAGACGUUCUCUUCAUCUAACAGAGAUAAGGACAACAAUAUUCUCGGGGACACUCAGGUGACGGUCGACGCUGGGAGCCAGAGCGGCGUGGAACCCGAUAACCACAGUGAGAAGGCGAUUCUACAGACAAAGUCUUUUACGGUACAGUACGAAUAAUGGGAGCGUAUGCCUUUGUUAUUUACGUGUUGAACUGUGGCGUUCGGACCUUUAUAUCUGGAGGGAUUGGAUGUUUGAUGGCCCGUUGGACGCUGGCGCCUUGAGGUUUGAACGGCGGUAGAAAACCGAGAUAGAAAUUUUCACAUCUUCAUGG